AUGGUCAAUCUGUUUGCCAGCGGGCUAUUGCUUGGGCAGCUCUUUGCUGCGCUGGUCACUGGUCAUGGCGGGACUAGUACCCCCCUCUACAAGAAUGCAAAGGCACCGGUGGAUGAGAGAGUGAAUGAUCUGCUGGGCCGAAUGACUAUCGAAGAUAAGAUGGCCCAAUUGAUGCAAGGAGAUAUCACCAAUUGGAUGAAUCAGGAUACCGGGGCGUUUAACUAUUCCGGUCUCGAAGCGAAUAUGGCUGAGAAAGCGGGCAUGUUCUAUGUCGGAUACCCUGUGUCCUGGGAAUUGCUUGCCGAGAAUAUCAAGAGAGGUCAGGAUUACCUCCUGCAGAACACUACACUGGGUAUCCCUGCGCUGGUCCAGACGGAGGGUAUCCACGGCUUCCUGAUUGGCAAUGCGACAAUCUUCAACUCGCCUAUUGCAUAUGGCUCCUCAUGGAACAGAGAGCUCGUCCAAAAGAUGGGAGAGACCAUCGGCCAACAAGCCCGCGCGCUGGGUGCCAACCAGCUUUUUGCUCCCAUCGUUGACUUGGCCCGCGAGCCCCGUUAUGGUCGGGUCGAAGAAACCUUCUCAGAGGAUGCCUACCUCGCCGGAGAAAUAGGGUAUAGCUAUGUGAAAGGCAUUCAGAGCAAGAAGGUCUCUGCAAUGGUCAAGCAUUUCGCUGCAUACAGUAAUCCAGAGCAAGGCAUCAAUACUGGACCGGUACAUGGCGGCGAGAGAGAACUGCGGACGACAUGGUUGCCGUCAUUUAAGAGGGCUAUUAUCGAUGGCGGUGCUUGGGGUGUCAUGGCUGCCUAUUCAUCCUAUGAUGGAAUACCAGCAGUCGCCAACUACCUCACCAUCACGGAAAUCCUGAGAAACGAAUGGGGUUACGACUACUUCGUCAUGACUGACGCCGGUGGGAGUGACAGGCUGUGCAUUAACUUCAAGCUCUGCCAAAGCAACCCGAUUGACAUGGAAGCCGUCACUACGCAGCUUUUGGAUGCCGGAACUGAUGUUGAGAUGGGCGGUGGUUCAUUCAACUUUCAGAAAAUUCCAGAGAUGGUCGAGUCCGGAAAACUCAGCGUUGACCUCGUGAACACCGCAGUGUCCAGACUUCUUCGGACCAAGUUCGAGAUGGGUCUGUUUGAGGAUCCGUACACUAUCGCACCACAAAGCGAGUGGGCCAACAUUCUGAACGGCCCCGAAGCUAAGCAGCUUGCAAGGGACUUGGAUAAGGAGUCUAUUGUCCUGCUGGAGAAUCAUAACGAGACGCUUCCGCUGGAAAAGUCAGGUAGCAUUGCCGUCAUUGGACCGAUGGCGCAUGGCUAUAUGAAUUACGGUGACUAUGUUGUCUACGAGAGUCAAUGGCACGGCGUCACUCCUUUGGAUGGUAUCAGAAACGCCGUCGGCGACAACGCCCAGAUCCACUACGCGCAAGGGUGUGAGCGGUGGAGCAAUGACCAGUCCGGCUUCCCUGAGGCUGUCGAAGCCGCGAAGAAGUCCGAAGUGGCCGUCGUUGUGGUUGGAACGUGGUCGCGAGACCAAGUCCAACUGUGGGAGGGACUCAAUGCAACGACUGGCGAGCACGUCGACGAAGACGACCUGUCCUUAGUCGGUGCCCAGGCCCCCCUGAUUAAAGCCAUUGUCGACACCGGCGUCCCGACUGUCGUUGUUCUCUCCAGCGGCAAGCCCAUCACGGAAGUAUGGCUAUCCAACACGACCCAGGCCCUGGUGCAACAGUUCUACCCAUCUGAGGAAGGCGGCAAUGCGCUCGCUGAUGUUCUGUUUGGUGACUACAAUCCUUCCGGCAAGCUAUCUAUGGGCUUCCCGCGAUAUGUCGGUGACAUUCCGGUUUUUUAUGACUACCUGAACUCGGCUCGUGAGAUAACAGACUCGGGCGUCGAAUACCCCAACGGGACGCUCGUCUUCGGUCAUCAGUAUGUAUUCGGAAGCCCGAUUCCCUGGUAUGAGUUUGGUUACGGCAAGAGUUACGUGAACUUUGAGUACAGCAAUAUUAGCGUGGAUCGCAGUACGGUCUCUGCGUCGGAUACCAUUAUUGUCAGUGUUGAAGUUACUAACACUGAUCCGCAUCGCGAUGGUACCGAGGUCGUGCAAGUGUACAUCUCUGAUGACAUUGCUACCGUGGUUGUUCCAAACCGCCAGCUCAAGGGCUUUGAGAAGGUGGUCAUUCCAGCUGGGAAGACCGUGGAUGUGAAGAUUCCUAUUCCGAUUGAGGACCUGGGGCUUUGGAAUACUCGCAUGAAAUAUGUUGUCGAGCCUGGUUCUUUUACCGUUUUGGUUGGAAGCAGUUCUGCGGAUAUUCGAGGCAAUACCACGUUUACUGUACGGUGA